AUGAAAAUUAACACUAUUUACCAUUCAGAACAAGAAUAUACUAAAGAAAGAAAAAGGGACUUAAGUCAUACUAAACAUUCUAAAAAUCCUAUACACCAUCCUUUUAUUAAAGAAAGAGAACUUGUCCGUGCAAUAAAUACAACAAAACUAAACAGACUUUUUGCUAAACCAUUUGUAACUGCAUUGUCAUUCCACAAAGAAGGUAUAAAUUUUAUGGUAAAAUCCAGUAAAAAACCGUUAAUUUUAUCUGCAAGUUUUGAUAAUAACGUUAUUUUAAGUAACUUAGAAUCACGAUCUAUGAUUUCUAGUUUUGAUAUAAAAUCGAAAGUUAAAGGUAUAGGCAUUGAUUUAUUAGAUAACAUUUAUAUUGGUCAGAAUAAAACAGUAAAAAGAAUGGAUAAUAAUACGAUUUAUUGUUGUAAUUCUGCCGUAAAUAAUAUACAUGUAGAUGAUAACCUGUAUGUUGCAUCAUAUAGUAGCAUUAAUGUUUAUGAUUUGGAGAUGAGAUCUAAAAAGGUAGAAAUUUCUAUUCAAAAUGCUGAUGUUAUUACACACAACCCUUCAUUCACCCAUUUAAUAGGAUUUGCUAAUACUGAACGUAAUUUCAUAGCAGACAUGCGAAUUGAAAAAGUUGUACUGGAAUUUUUACUACCCAAUAAAACAAAUAUGCUAUCUUUUAGUCCAUCAGAUGGCUAUUUCGUCGCAUCCGCUAAUGAGGACAGUAAUGUAUACAUUCACGAUCUCAGGUUUAUAGACACCCCUUGUAAUACUUUAAGAGGCCAUGUAGGAGCAGUCACGUGUGUAAAAUAUAAUCCUAGUGGUACAGAAGUGUGUUCUGGAAGUUUUGAUCAAUCAAUUAGGAUUUUUAGAACCAAUGAAAGGAAAUCAAGAGAUAUUUAUUAUAAUCAAAGAAUGCACAACAUUUAUGGUCUAGAAUAUUCAAAUGACGAUCAGUUUAUUAUUUCUGGUAGUGAUGAUGGUUCAAUACGUUUAUGGAAAUCAGAUGCGAGCAAAAAGUCAGGACCUCUCAGUAAAAAAGAAAAAGAUGUCCAAGCACUAAGUAAAGUUCUUAUUGAAAAAUACAAGAAUGUUAAUGAAGUUGACAGAAUUAAUAGACAUAGAUUUGUACCAAAGCUACUUAAAAAUAAAAUGAAACAGAAACACGAACAUUAUGAAGCAGAAGUAAGGAAAGGACAUAUAAAGAAAGGUAAAUGA